GUGACAGAGCCUUUUCAGAGGGAUAAAUAUCGGCUUGGUCUCCCCGUAAAUUAGAAAAGAGUUCUUCAUAUCUCUUACGUCGGGUUGCAAAGACAGUACUCUCUCGCAAGUCAAUCCCUACACACAAAAUGUCCGAGACAGUUCGAGUGCGCAUCACCUAUCUGACCGAAGAAGCCUUCUUUGAAAAUGGGACAAAGGUAAAUGAGAUUAUCGAAAAGGACACCGGCCGCCACCCCAUACAGUCAAGGAGUCUGCCCCCAUAUAUUGUACCACAAGAGCUCUCACCAGAUGCGAUUGAGAAAUUGAAAGUGCUGAAGGAAAUGCGGGUUGAAAAUUUGCCUGACGAUGACUGAACAUGAAUAUUGAUUACUUUAUCGGGUCCGGAUUUGCAAUCACUUCCUCUAGGAAGAGGAUCACUAUUUGCAGCAAUUUCAUUACCUAUAUCACCUGUAAUAGCUGCAGAACUAUAGAUCCUUUUCCUGACUGAUAUAAUGUUGGUGAUAGAUUACACCUAGGGCAGGGAACCACGUUAGAUGCCCGAUGCGUUCGGCAUACAUUCAUGUGGACUUGAUGCCUUAGCUCUAAUUUAGCAGCCAUUCUUCUUUCUUUCUUUCCUUAUGGGAACCGUUCUAUAUAAAGCUAUAUGAUAAGUAUAGGGCCAAACCCUUACAAUCUUGAUCCGCCAUAGUCAAUCGAUCAAUUCCUA